AAAAUUUGUGAUAACAAAACGCGGUAAAAUUACAUCAACAAAACUUAUUCAUUUUAUUUGAAACUAACUUGAUUAUGGACAAUUUUUGUUUACUAUUUUUAUUUAUUUGAAAUUCUUUCAAAUUCGCCAAUAAGAAAACGUCAUAUUUGAACUAAAAAAUAAUUAUGGAUGACCUAAAAGCUCUAGAAGAAUAUCUUAAGUCUAAAGACAAUGCGGAGAACUUUCUUAGUUCUUCAGAAAUUCCUUCUAUUUGUAAAUCCGAAGCUUGUAUGUUGGGCGUCGAUGAGGCCGGCCGUGGACCAGUGUUGGGGCCAAUGGUGUAUGGUGUGGCUUAUUGUCCUAUAAAUCAGAAGAAAAUACUGGAAUCUUUAGGAUGUGCAGAUUCUAAGGCUCUAACGGAAGACAAACGAGAUGAAAUCUUUAAGAAAAUGUUGUCGGAACAAGAAUCAAUAGACAAUAUUGGCUGGAAGGCUGAAGUUAUAUCACCUAAAUAUAUUUCAAACUCUAUGUACAGGAGAGCUAAACAUUCCUUGAAUGAGGUGUCAAUGAAUUCUGCAAUUAGUUUAAUACAGAUGGUGCUGGAUGGUGGAGUCAAUUUAACAGAAAUUUAUGUUGACACUGUUGGUCCUCCUGAAAAGUACCAAGCAAAGCUAUCAGAAAUAUUUCCUAAUAUUAAAAUUACUGUAGCAAAAAAAGCUGAUUCCAUAUAUCUGAUAGUGUCAGCGGCCAGUAUAGUUGCUAAAGUGACCCGCGACCAUGCACUAAGAAUGUGGCGCUUCAAGGAAGGACUGGAUAUUGAUCACACCCAAUUUGGAAGUGGAUACCCUGGAGAUCCAUUAACAAAAAAAUUUAUUCGUGAGCAAAUAGAUCAUAUAUUUGGGUAUCCCUCAUUGGUAAGAUUUAGUUGGUCGACUGCAGAGCUCAUGCUUCAAGAAAAAGCGGCUGUAUGCACUUUUGAAGACGUAGACGAAAGUCCAAAUAAAAAAAAUGCUGGUACUAAAUCGAUCAGUAAUUUUUUUUCACCAAAAGACGAAAAAAAAUCAAGGAAACGACACAAAUUCUUUCAAGAAAGAUGUCUAAAAACGACCAAUGCUUUUGAAUGAACUAAUAUUGAGACUGACUUGUUUAUUAUACGUUUU